AUGCAGCAUCCGAUGCAGGAACCAAAGGUCUGCGGAAUUCCUACGGCCCCAUCUUUGUUGGGGCCAGCCAGCUCCGUCACACGGCUGGCUUAUGAGAAACAGCCCCGUAAGCAACGGGCAUUAGUCAGUGAGUUCGGCGCUUACGAUGCUUGGGCUGUGCCGCUGGGCUUGACUGCCUGUCCGCCCGCCUUGUUGAAAGCAUAUCCUAAAGGUGCUCGUGCUGUCCGUCGCAAGCUUUUGCAUUGGGGUCAGAUACGGGCUUGCGUUCUUCCUAGCCUUGAUUUCGCCGUGCUUGAAUCCACUUUGGGAUCCAACUGGAAAUGGAGUAUGGACUCACAUGCUCCCCCUCUCGAGGAAGGGGACCAGCCCAUUUGCAAAGUUUGUGGAUUCAUGAGUGACUCGACCUUUGAAGAUUUGUGCGAGGUACUCUGGAUAGGCAUUCCCCGCACCCCGUCAGACUUCGUGCAGCAAGCAGUGUUGGCGGGCCACCCCAAAAGGAUACUCGAGGCUCAGAUCGAUGAACGAACCAAGCUCCUUGUAGAUAACCUUUUGACUGGACGUGCAGCCCGCGAGGAUCUGGGAAAAUCGCGACUGGCCGAGUGGAACGAGAUCGCCAAGGAACUUGAGCCCAUGGAGGAACAAGCUCGGAAAUCUUUGGAUCCUUUGGUGAGCAAGAUCAUCGAUGGGAAGAGAACCUUCCUACUCGAGCGGUUGCUCGCUGACUCGUCCUUUCCAGACCAGUCCUUAGUCCCCGACCUUAGGAAGGGUUUUCCGCUGACCGGAUGGAUGCCUAGGACCGGGUUGUUUGUUACCGAACCUCGCCCCCCUAGGACCAGCCUGGACAAACAGCUUAGAUGUGCCUCCGCCAGGAAUGCUGCCACGCUGGCCAGGGUCUCUUCUCAGCCGGUCGAUGCUGUUGCUGAAAAGGCUUGGUCCGAAACACUUGAGGAACAGCAAAAAGGCUGGCUGUUUGAAGACCCGGCUCCGGACCUUUCGUCCGUCCUAGUUGCCCGAAGGUUCGGCAUCAUCCAAGGUGCCAAGACUAGAGUGAUAGACGACGGAAAGGCAGCCGGAAUCAAUCAGACCGUUGGAUUGCCUGAACGUUUUAGGCUACACAACAUUGAUUUCAUCUCAGCCUUCCUGGUUUGGGCCAUGAUGGACCCACGGGCUAAAGGGAAGCAGGUAUCGGGGAAAACUAUUGAUUUAAAAUGGGCGUACAAACAGUAUGCUGUCGAUCCCUCAGAUCGAGAAAUCUUCAGAAUCCUUGUACUUGACACUUGCUCGAGGAAACCCAAAUUCUUCGGAGCGGCAGCGCUCCCCUUCGGGACUACGGGAUCCGUGGCAGGUUUUCUGAGAACGUCCGCGGCCACGUGGCACAGCGGCUCAGCCCUGCUGGGCCUUUCUUGGUGCAAUUACUUUGACGACUUUCCUCUUUUCAGUUUGGACGAGCAUUGCCCUUGUGCCGAAUCAUGCGCGGAGGCCCUGCUUGACAUCCUUGGAAUAACUUUCGCAAGGGAAGGGAAGAAAGCCACCGAAUUCUCCAAGCAAUGUCGGGCCCUUGGCCUGAUCAUAGAUCUGAGUGAAUUCGGAAAUGGAGUCGUGUACAUCAAGCACACGCCAGAGCGCAUUCAGGAAUUGAGGCAGACCCUCACACGCAUUCUUGAUUCCGGCUUGCUUGAGUCGUCAGAGGCUGAAGCCCUUCGAGGCAGACUCCACUGGUUCAGCUCUUUCCUUUUCGGCCGCCGGCCCUGCCAAGCCUUGAGAGUCUUAGGUCUUAGGGCUAAAGGUUUAGAUAGGGGUAGGAAGCUGAGCAGUGACCUUCGUGAUGCUCUCACGUACCUGCGUGAUCGAGCUCUGGAGUCGCCACCUGUGCAGCUCACUCCUGACAUCAAAGAAACCUUUUACGUUUUUACCGACGGAAGCCUUGAAGGAGAUGUAGCCGGUGUGGGCGGCAUUUUGUACGACCCACUCGGUAAACCUCUUUCUUUCUUUGCAGCCAGCCUUCCGUUUGACGCUUUGAACAGACUUAAGGAAACCUCGAGCCACCCAAUCUGCGAGGUUGAGUUGCUGGCCAUCUGGGCCGCCUUAAAGCUGUGGAUGAACCGACUUACCCGUUGCCUUGUAGUGAUCUACUUGGACAACGAAGCUGCAAAGGGAGCCUUGGUAUCCGGGAAGUCGUCGACUCUCCCUGGUCAGUCCAUAGUGAGUUCGGUUCUCGACUUGGAGGACUCAGCAAGGAUCCGUCCGUGGUAUGGCCGGGUGCCAACCAGCUCUAAUCCAGCAGACGAGCCCAGUCGUAGUGUCUUCGGUCAUUUACUGAGGGAUGGUGUGCAAAGGCUUCAAGCUCCGUGCGCUUGGCCGGUUUGA